AUGGCCUAUACUGGUUUUGAUAAAGAGUACCAACCUGUAGUAGAUCCUGAUUUCCCCAUCGACAACAUUCGGAUCGUGGAUACUGUUGAUCUACCUCAGAAGGUGGCCGACCAUUUCCCUAUCGAGCCAGUGGGUUGUUGCACCUCUGUUGUUGGCCGUGUGGUUGUCGUACAAUGCACUGAGCCAUCUAAAGUGCUCGAUCUGGGCUCAAUUGUUUGUCUUGAAGACCGGCGUAUUAUAGGUACAGUGAGCGACACAUUUGGCAAUACAAGUAUGCCUUUCCACAUGGUGGUCUGCAGUGACCCAUCCACGGUCCACCCGGGUGACAGAAUAUUUUACGAUGUCAAACACAGCACUUUAGUUUUCUCCAGCGGUGAGGAUAGCGAGGAGGACUGCAAUCCUAAACGUUCCGAUUCUGCUCGCAAGCCUGUGAAGCUCAAACAACACUACAGCGACUUGGAAACACACUGA